UAUAUAUAUCAUCGUUACACUUUCAACAAAAAAAUUCAAAACCAAACACCACAACAUGGAUCAUAAGACAGAAACGACACUGCUUUUCUCUUUCUUGUUUUUCAUCACGUACCUCAUCACCAUCGUAUCAGCGAAAGAUCUAUGUAAUAAAAACGACAAAAAUACCCUCCUCAAGAUCAAGAAGUCCCUAAACAACCCUUACCACCUUGCCUCGUGGGACUCAAAAAGCGACUGCUGCUCCUGGUACUCCCUCGAGUGCGGCGACGCCACCGUUAACUACCGCGUCAUCUCCCUAACCAUAUUCUCCGGUCAGAUAUCCGGUCAGAUCCCGCCUGAAGUCGGUGACUUACCGUAUCUUCAGAAUCUUAUGUUUCACAAGAUCACUAACAUCACCGGUCAGAUACCAUCCACCAUCACCAAGCUUAAGUAUCUCCGUUCUCUCAGGCUUAGCUGGCUCAACCUCACCGGCCCGGUUCCUGAGUUUCUGAGUCACCUCAUGAACCUCGACAACUUAGACCUUUCCUUCAAUCAGCUCUCUGGUUCCUUACCUAGCUCUCUCUCCUUGUUACCUAAACUUUCGUACGUUGAUCUUAGUAGGAAUAAGCUUACAGGUACAAUACCAGAGUCAUUUGGAUCGUUUCUAGCAGAACCUCCUUACCUUCUCUUAUCACACAACCAGCUCUCCGGUUCUAUACCCAAAUCACUAGGCAACAUUGAUUUUAACCACAUAGAUUUCUCAAGGAACAAGCUCACAGGCGAUGCUUCGAUGUUGUUUGGAGCCAAAAAAACGACGUUUUCCAUUGACUUAUCAAGAAACAUGUUCCAGUUCGAUCUGUCCAGAGUUGAGCUCCAUGAGUCAUUUGCUGUCUUGGACUUGAACCACAAUAAGAUCACAGGGAGUAUUCCGGUUCAGUGGACUAAAAAUUCUCUCCAAAUCUUAAACGUUAGCUAUAACAGACUGUGUGGACGCAUCCCCACUGGAGGAAGUCUUCAGAGAUUUGGUUCUUAUACAUAUUUUCACAACAAGUGUUUGUGUGGUGCACCUCUUGAUAGUUGCAAGUGAAAAACCAAGCUUAUCUCUUGGUUUCCCAAAUAAAUAUGUAAUGUCAACCUGAUGGAUUAAAUAAAACAUGUAUCGCAACUUGUA